AUGUACUUGGUUCAAUGGUGUCCUUGUUUUGUUGAGCCUCCGAUGUUUUCUCGGACGGUGUUGUAUUCAUGCGAAGCAGCCGUGCCAUGCAGCAGUGUGGAAGCCAAGGCAGUCGCGUGUGUUGGGUUCGCCACCGGGAAGGACGCCGUGGCUUCUGGCGCAUGCUGCAGUGGGCUGCCGCAGCUGGCUCAGAGUUUGAAGAGUGUGGAUGAUAAGAAAGAUAUUUGCAGGUGCUUGAAGGCUGGAGCUAAGUCGUUGGGUGUCCAGGACAGGUUCUUGAGCAAGAUCCCUCAAGCUUGCAAUAUAAAAGUUGGCUUCCCUGUUUCCAUUUCCACCAACUGUGAUAUGUAA